AUGAAUUUAUUAGAAUUGUGGAAUGGAUAUAUUAUACUAAUCUUAACCAAAUUUCUGAAUGAAAAAAAAUUAGAAGGUAGAAAACCAAAUUUUGAUGGAUUUGAAAAUAUGACCAAUUGGUUUCAAGAACGAGAUCUUGAAGAAUAUCUCAGAAAUGCUAAAGAAUAG